AAUGGAACAAAGGAGAGCUUGAUUCAUUCUUGAUAGAAAUCACCACAAACAUUGUGAGAUUCAAGGACAAAGAUGGUACGCCUAUAAUUGAAAAGAUCAAGGAUGUUGCUGGUCAGAAAGGAACCGGCAAAUGGACCGCCAUAUCCUCACUUGACCUUGGUGUUCCCGUUACACUCAUUGGCGAGGCUGUCUACGCUCGUGCACUAUCGGCGUUGAAGGCCGAACGUAUUCGCGCAGGCAAAAUUUUAAAAGGCCCUCAAAGUGUCAAAUUUUCUGGAGACAAGAGAACUUUUGUCAAACAAUUGGGCAAAGCGUUCGCUUUUCUUGGUGACAUCAAAAACGCAUAUACCAAUAAUCCAAACCUUGAGAAUCUACUUUUUGAUCCAUUUUUCAAGGAGGCUAUUGACACUGCUCAGGAUUCCUGGCGUCGGGUCGUUUCGGAGGCAGUUUUGCUCGGAAUUCCAACUCCGGCAUUGUCCACCGCACUGUCAUUUUAUGACGGGUAUAGACAUGAGAGGCUACCUGCGAGUCUACUUCAGGCAAUGAGGGAUUACUUCGGAGCCCAUACUUUCCAAUAUCUCGAUGAGUAUGAUGACGAAGAUCACCCCAAGAACACCGACGUUCACAUCAAUUGGACAGGUCACGGAGGUAAUGUUAGCGCAUCUUCAUACCAGGCUUAG